AUGCCGGGAUCAUAUCAAGUCAUUGAACCGCAUCCAUCGGUUCCUCACACCAGCCGUCCCGCUCUGCACACGGCUCGUGGAGGCGCCGGCAAUGUCAUCAACCUCAAGGGCACCAAGACCACUCCUUCGCAGACGGCCUCCGGGCCGGCUUCCAUGACGCGCCUCGACUCGCGUGUGCCCAGCACCUUCAAGUCUGGCCGGGGCGGCGCCGGGAACGUCCACAGUGGCAGCGAGCGCGCCAUCUUCAGCUUCGACGAGGAGUUGGAGCGUGAGCUCCGCCGCGCUGCGCCCGUCUACCACGUCGGCCGCGGCGGUGCCGGCAACAUGGUCUUCAGCGACGACUCGUCCAGCAGCCUGUCGCGAAAGUUCUCCGCCAGCAGCAACGGCACCAGCAGUAGCUCUGGCUCCGCGCGCGAGCGUGCUCUCCGAGGUCUGAAUAAGGGCUGGGGCAAGCUCCGGGGCAUGGCCUAA